CAUUAAAAAGGAUUGACCUAUAAAAAGGUAAACAAAAUUGAUUAAGCUCUAAGGUGAUAAAAAAGAUGGGUCAAAAAACACAUUAUUGGUUACUAAAAACGGAACCAACAGAGUGGUCAUGGUCAGAUCAAGAAUCCAAUGGUGGCAUAUCAAAAUGGGAUGGUGUCAAAAACAAGCAAGCCCAAAAGUAUAUGAAGUCAAUGAAAAUAGGAGACCUAUGUUUCUUCUACCACUCUGGGUCUAAAGCCAGGCGCGUGGUGGGUGUUGUCUCGGUGGCGCGUGAGUGGUAUGAGGAUGGUGAUGGUGGUGGGGCGGUGGAUGUGAAGGCUGUUGGAGAGAUGAGGCGAGUUGUGGAGUUAGGGGAGAUGAAAAAGGAUGAAGGGUUGAAAGGUUUUGUGCUUUUUAAGCAGCCAAGGUUGUCUGUUGUGCCUGUGGAGAAGGGGUUUUGGGAUAAGAUUUGUGAGAUUGGUGGGGGAUUUGAGGGUGAUGGUGGUGUAGAAUGUGAUGAAUAGUUUUGUAUAUCAGGUGUUUGUGUUUUUGUCAGGUUCUCUUUAAUAUAUGAACUUUUUGCGGUAAUUAGGUUUGGUAAAGCUCUUUGUUGAUAAUGGGUAUGUAAAGCUUGCACCUAAAGAGUAAUAGUAUUAUAUAUUUCACUUGCUUAUUA